AUUUCCCUCUGUGUCUGUGUGUUAAGCCUAUAUAAAAGACAUUAGAGAGGUUUUAAGGUUUUUUUCUUUGCCACACAUUUAUGGUUAGGUUCAUUUAGGUUUUUGUUCUAAAUUAAUCCUCUUUACUUCACAGGAUGGAGUGGUGGCUCCUCUAUUGGCUGCUCCUGUCUUUGGUUUUUCAGAACAUCACCUGUCGUGGUGGUAAUCCAGGUGGAGGCAAGGGUCAUAAUGGUGAUUCAGAUUGGGUUUCAGACACCCAAGAUUGUUUGCGAAAUUUUAACAACAUUUUGAAAAAUGGAAAUCGCAGCGACUUGGACUCACUGGAGACCCUAGCAAGUGUUCUAGAGGAAACAGAGGUGAAUAAUACUACAUUCCUGUCUGUCAACCGUUUGAUGGCUGUCCUGCACAAACCCAAAGGCCGCUUCAGAGGCCUUCAAUUUUAUGCAAAUGAGAACGAGGCAGUGUCAGACAAGGCUGUCACCAACUGCAAAGUGAGUGUUCAACUGCCGAGAGAGCUGGAUGUUGGACCAAACAACACGAUUGUGUUCUGCAUGCUUACCUGGCCUGAGAUAAAUGGGACCGUCUGGGGAGCCUCGGGUGUGUUAUAUGAGAGCAGACUGGUUGGCCUGAGUGUGCGGGGCAAGAACAUUUCAGGACUUAAGGAGCAUGUCAACAUCACAGUGAAUCUUAAUGGACAUGGAACUGAAGAACCCAGCUGUAAUUUCUUUGACUUUUCAACAAGGGCAUUUAGCACCUAUGGCUGCCAAACAGACUGGAAACCUGAUCAGAAUGAAGUCACCUGCUCCUGUGACCACCUCACAUACUUUGGCGUGCUCAUGGUAGGCUUGCCUUCUUCUCCCUCAGAUAAAGACCAGGAGGUUCUGACAUACAUCUCUGUGAUUGGCUGUAGUCUUUCUCUUGUUACCCUCGUCCUCACUGUUGUGCUCUUCAUCAAAAAUAGAAAAGCGAGAGCAGAUAUCUCCAUGAAGGUCCACAUCAACCUCGCCAUUGCUCUGAUCCUCCUCAACGUGCACUUCCUCCCCAACCAGGCGGUGGCAGCAAUGUCCUCAGAUGGGCUUUGUCUUUACAUGGCCCUUGCUCUUCACUACUCCCUGCUGGCCACUUUCACCUGGAUGGCCAUAGAGGGGUUCCACCUCUACCUUCUCUUAGUCAGAGUCUUCAACAUCUAUAUCAGGAAAUACUUGCUCAAACUGAGCUUGGUGGGAUGGGGUUUCCCUGCGGUCGUUGUGUCCCUGGUGGUCAUCAUCAACGAAGACUUCUAUGGACAUUUCCCUCUGGACUCGUCUAAGCCCAACAGCACCAACAUAUGCUAUAUAGGAGAUACCACAGUGAAGAUGGUGACUACAGUGGGAGUGUUUGGGCUGGUGUUCCUCUUUAACGUGGCCAUGUUAGCAGUGACAAUCAGACGCAUCGUGGGAUUCCGCCAAAGCCAAGAGUUCGGGCCGAAUGACCGUGCCAGAGCCAAGCGAGACUUCUGCACCCUGAUGGGGGUCACAGCUCUGCUGGGCAUCACCUGGGGCCUGGUCUUCUUCUCCUUCGGCCACCUGAACACUGCUGGCCUCUACCUCUUCUGCAUCCUGAACUCACUGCAAGGUUUCUUCAUCUUCCUGUGGUUUUUGAUGUCUUUGGGAAAGACUGGAAACCAAGCAACUAGGACAAGUAGUGAAACACGCAGCUCCAAAAGCUAAGCCUCAACCCAUCACACACUAAAAAAUGUUUUUUUGUGUUUUCUUGUGUGUGUGUUAGGGGGAUUU